ACGAGUGGGACUCGUGGAAGCGGUGGAACCGUCGAGAAGGAAUGCGACCGCGCGAGAGAGCGAACCGAGUCAGCCACUCGGCCACGACGCGAACCCUCUCGAACCCCCAACGGCUUCUCCUUCCACCUUCACUCCUCGGAGGGCCCUGGCCCCGUUCUCCGCAUAAAUACCGCGCGUCUGCUCCGCGCCGCGAAACAACACGCAAGAAACCAGAAGCGCUCGCGAGAAGUAAGGGAGAGAGAGGGGGGACGACGACAGCCUUGGGACCCGCGGACUGCAUCGCUCGCCGGUAGCUGACGUCACUCGGCCCCGUGGAAUUUUCAAGCUUUGGUGGUGGCUCGUCUGUCUGAUCCGCGCUCUGCUGCUUUUUCUUCGCCCGCCGCACUGUAUCACAACUAUAACAGUACCUACGUGUUCACAGGUCUAGGCAUUUGUCCUACCAGUACAGUACAUUGGACUAGUAAUAACUAGUAUGUAUCCAGCAAACCGCCACAUGGAUCCAUACUACUCGCACUAUAGAAACCAUGUUCCUUACCCAUACUAUCCUCCUGCCAGAUGGGAAAUCCCAUCCGGUCAUCCACAGGCAAUGGACUCAUCUUAUUAUUAUCGGCCACCAAACUGUGGAACUUGGCCAUAUCAUGAUAUCUCACAUCCUUCUGAGUUCCAUUGUUGCUGCAACCGGGCAUAUCUUCCUGAUUACUACAGUUUCAGACCCCCAUUCCCUCAAGAGCUUCCACCCCCUCAUUUAUACUAUCACGUGCCAUCUCCACAUCAUCCAAAUGCAUGUCCUUCUUACUUUGUCCCAUCACAUCCUUACCCUUUUGAUCAGACACCAUAUGGUUAUGAAAAGUUCAAGAGCCACUGCUGUGGAUGUCCAACUCAUGUGUGCCCUGGGGCUGAGAAGAACAAUGUGAAAAUCGAGGAACAAAGGCCUGAUGUCAAGCUUGAGAGCGGUGAGCACAAGAAUGCUGAUAGUGACAGUAUAAUUCAACACCCAAACAAGAAGUAUCCAUUCAUAUGGCUGCCAUCAGGCAAUAUGAAAGGCAAGGAGAAUGGAGAGCAUUAUGAAUUGUCACCUCAGGUUUUAAAUGAAUGGGCUCCUGUGAGUGGGAAGUGGUUAGGGGAUGUGAAGCAACAAGGGCAGGAUAAUGAGAAGGGGAAACAAUUCCAGUGGCCAAUAGUUUGGAUGCCAGCAGGAUAUGAUGCACCAAACCAAAAGGCUAAAGAUAUGAAUGACACAGAAGAGACCCCAAAAUCCCCAAAGAUUUCUGAAGUGUCUCCUCAAUCACCCAAGAUCAUUCCUCUGUCUUGGUUUGGGAAUGGUCAUCAUCAUGAUCAGAAAUCGGCUGCCAGAAAUGGUUCUGGAGACCACAACAACGGAUCAGCAGUGAAGAACCAACCUGUGGUUACUGACCAUCAAGACAGCAUGAUACUGGAAGGAAACCCUAAAAUCACUCCAGCUGUGCCCAAGAGCAUACACGUUGGGAAGAAACCUCCAAGGGAAAACUGCAAGACCAUUCCAGUUGUGCCAGAGAAAGAGAUUAAUGAAAAGAAGGCCAGUACUUACAGAACCAUUCCGGUCAUAAAAGAAAGUGAUGAGAAGAAGAUUGGCAUGAGGGAAAAGAGGGAGUCAAAGGAGGCCAACAGUGCUGAAAUGGUUGAAGAGAACAGGAAAACAAAACACAAUGACUCAUCAGUAGUUAAGCAUUCAAAAUUGCCCCCAGUAUGCUUACGUGUGGAUCCCUUGCCAAGAAAGAAACCUGGAAAUGGUUCUUCUAGGUCUCCUAGUCCACCAAGGAAGGAUACUGACAACACGAAGAAGGACGUGGAUGAGGCCCAGAGCCAGAUCCUGGAGCCUAAACAGUCUAGUACAAGUAAGGAUAUCACUGUGUCUGAAGUGAAAGAAAAAUCGCCUUAUGAAAUGAAGAAGGAAGUUGGGUUUAGAAAUGAAACAGUGGAAGCUGCUUCUGUUGAACAUCUGCAGGAGGAAGAAGCUCCCACAAGUAAAGAUGGCCAAAAGGUCCAAGCUGCUAGCACUACAGUUGGUGAUCAAGAAAAUGCAGCCCUGAAUAGCAUAGAGGAAGAUCAUGUGCAAGAAAAUGCUGGUGCAGGAAGCUUGAAUGGAUGUGACAAAAGAAAAAAUGAAGAUGGGACAGUGAUUGAAAGUGAAACUGCGAAAGAUGAUGCCAGAACAUAUGGAGUUAAUUUGUCAGAAUCAGAUGCUGCAGUUCGUAUUCAGUCUGCCUACAGAGGGUAUGAUGUUCGAAAAUGGCAACCUUUGGAUAAACUCUGGAAGAUCAAGCAUGUGCAUGAACAGAUGCAAGUUGUGAGGAAGCAGAUUCAAUGCCUUUUAGAUUCUUGCAGUAAGCCAACACAAAAAGAGCAAGUGGCCAUAGGUGAAACUAUUAUGAAUUUACUCCUGAAGCUUGACGCAAUCCAGGGCUUGCAUCCAAGUGUAAGGGAAGCUAGGAAGUCUGUUGCUCGAGAACUGAUUUGCUUGCAGGAGAAGCUUGAUACUUUAUGCAAAGCAGCAUCUGGAGACUUGAAUCACACAGAUAGUAAUGAUGAUGAAUCUGAGGGGACCAAGAACAUUAUCCAAACUGAAGCUCCUACUGUAAUAACUGAAGCUUCUGAUAGAAAGAGAACUAUUGAACUGGGUAAGGUACAAGAACCAUGUUCAGUGGACUCCAUGGAGCCAUGCAACACAGUUCCAUCUGGAGUUUCCUGGGAGGUGAGGCCAGAUGUAGACGCUAGCGAGGAGAAGAAUGAAAAACAAGAGUCAUGUAGCACCACAGUGGACGAAGCGCACGAACAAGGGAAAACUGAGGGACAGAUUGAAAUUCAGGUAGCAUCAUCGAUGGAUAUGAUAAGUGAUGAAGCUUUUACAGCUGACAACCAGGAGCAUGGAAUUGGAGAAUCAAAUGUUACUUCAGUGGAACAAGUGACUGAAGAAGAGAAACCAGCAUCUGAGGAUGAAGUAAAAGAGCCACCAUUGGUGAACUCCACGGCACUAUUGUAUGAUACUACUUCAUCAGGGGAUUCCAGUGGACUGAAACAAUACACAGCUUCGACCGAUCAGAAUCUCUAUGCUGAAUCAAAUACAGGGUCGUCUCCUGCAUCCACUGAGGACAUUGACAUAAGUACUCUGGCUGUGGAAAGUGAAGUGGCGGCUGAGAAUGAUGGCCCAAUUAACAGUCAGGUGCAUGAAACUGUAGCUCUAGAAAAUGUGGAAAUGAAAGAUGAUGUUUCUUCUGCUGAAAAUGAGCAUAACAGAUCGAGCAGCCCUGUUAUUCAUUUAGAGGACCCACUAGUGUCUUUGAAGGAUGUUGAGCAGCAUGGUCCAACUCCUACUAAGGACUUUGUUGUACCUAACACAGAAGACCAACAAGAAGCCAGAGAUAUCAGCUUGCAGGUACAAGCUGUGGAUUCCAUGAAAGAUUGUGGCGAAGUACCAGAUGGAACAAUAGAGGCUUCGACGAAUGAUGAUGAAUUAGAACUGGGUACUUCUGCAGAUGUAGAAAAGAAUGAUCAACCUACCUUGCUGGAACCAAGAUCGGAGUCUGUCUCUGUCCCAGAACUGUCCGUCUUGGAUGAAUCUGACGAUAAAAUGCAAUGUGGUGUUUCUGGCAAGGAUGAGGAAGCACAUGUGGAGGAGAAAACUGUAACUAUUGCUGUUGACAAGGUAACAGGAGGUUCUGCAAAUUUCGAGGAUCCUCUUUGUGAGGCAUCGAGGAAGGAACCUGACAUUGAGAAGAGUCACCCAAGCCUCGGAGAAGAGGAAGACGAUACAAUAGGUGGAACAGUCUUCCCUGGUUCAGGUAGCUGUGAAUUAUCAUGUCCACAGGAUGGUGGCAUCGCAGUCUACGAGGGGCCUGAGAUGGUGUCACCAGAGAGCCAAACUGAUGCUCGGAAAGAAAACAUCCAUUCAGAUGUCGCUGAGACAGAUGAAUGCACCAAGACUCAGAAGGCCGCUCUAGCAGGCACAGAGGGAGAAAAUUCUGCUGAAGAUUCUGGUGUGCCGGUGUCUGAGAUGGACAAAUGCAACGAGAUGCCGAAGGAUGCUCCGACACUUACAGCAGCAGGUGCAAAUCCUGCUGAAGACGAAGCUUCCCUGAAAGACCUCUCUGUGCAGACAGAGAACAAGGCUUCUUCUGCCUCCCCAGCUCCUGAUGAUCCGAAGGCCAGCGACGAGAAGACGCUGGCAGAAGAGAACCAGAAGCUGAAAGAGCUUCUGCAAAAGCUUCUGGCGUCCGGCAACGAUCAGAUGGGGGUCAUCACGGACCUAAGUGAGAAGGUCAAGGUGCUGGAGCGGAGGCUGGCACGCAAGAAGAGACCAAAGGUGAGGGUGCACAAGCCAUCCAGGCAUGCUUCCUGUGUCCACUGAAAGGAUAAGUCUGUAAGGUUUUGAGGUUUUAUGUUGUAUGGAUCCCCAUGUUGCUUCCUGUGUCCAGCUAUUGUGCACUGUGUAGGUAUAGCCAUGCUGUGGCACUGUGCUUCGUCUUGGACAACACAAGGUGUGGCAUGUUCUGUAUUUUAUGUCUGUAUAAUGCAUCCAACUACAUCUAGUGUUCUGUGAGCAAUUGAUUGGGACAAAUCGAUAUGACA